AUGUUUUCCAUCGAUGUUGUCCUGCUGGGCUUCAUCGCUUCGACCACAGUUGCGCUCUACGUCUUUAACAGUCGGAAGACUGCACGGCACAAGCUACCACCCGGCCCGUCAGGCAUACCUUUCUUUGGCAAUAUAUUUCAAGUGAAUGUUCUGAAGCCAUAUCCUCAGUUUCGUCAAUGGGCCUUGGAGCAUGGAGAUAUAUUUUAUCUCCGCUUAGGGCCGCAGAAUGUCAUCGUGCUCAAUACGCCUGAGGCAGCGAAUGAACUUCUCGUCAAGCGUAGCAGCAACUAUUCCAGCCGGGCAUCUCCUCAUGUCGCUCAGGAUUUAGUGAGUGAUGGACAGCGCAUGGUGUUCCUACCCUUCGCGAAGGAGUGGAAGACAGUUCGCAAGAGUCUGCAGUCAGCAAUAGGAUUCACUCCUUCGAAGGCAUACCGUCGCAUUCAAGAACUAGAGUCACGGGCGUUCAUGUACGACCUGCUCAAUCAUGGUGACCAGAGCAUCGUAGAGAAACAUCACCAAGGUCCUAAUGGCGAGGUGCCAGAGCGCCAUUGGUUUGGUGUGAUCAGGCGUUUUACUACUAGUGUAGUAAUCAACGUGGCAUAUGGUCAACGUGCUCAUCACCUCUAUAAUAAUCCGUAUUUGCACAAGAUAUAUGAUGUCAUGGUCAACUUUACCCAAGUCGCGCAACCCGGGAACUACUUUGCGGACGCGUUCCCCAUCCUACGCAAACUUCCUGACUUCCUAGCUCCCUGGAGGAUAGAGGGUCGCAAGAUGCACCAAUGGGAAAUGGAUCUGUGGGGCAAGUAUUUUGAUGAAGGCAAGGCCGCCACGGAGCAAGGCAUCAACCGUCACGGUUUCAUCAAUCAGUAUCUUCGCGCACGCAUGGAUGCUGGUGUCGAGAACGCACCCGGGAACGGACUAACUGACAAGGGUUGGAUGCGCGACAAAAUGAUCGCAUAUACAGGGGCUACUAUCCUCGAGGCGGGAUCAGAUACGACGGCGAGCACAAUGCAAUCAUUCGUGCUGUUAAUGCUCACCUAUCCCCAUGUCCUGGAACGCGCACGGGAGGAGAUAGAUAGCCUAGUGGGCAUGGAACGCAUGCCAGAUUUUGAUGAUAUGGAUCGAUUGCCGUACUUCGUUGCUUGUUUGAAGGAAACCUUCAGACGCCGUCCAGCCAUCAUCAUGGGAGUACCACACAAGGCUGAGGAAGAUGAUGUCUACGAUGGGUACCUCAUCCCAAAGGGCUCUACUGUGUUCGGGAAUGUAUGGGCGAUUCAUAUGGAUCCAGAUCGCUUCCCCAACCCGACCGCCUUCACCCCCGAGCGGUACUAUGAGAAAGAUAAAUCACCUCGUUGGGCAAGUGGGCCUGAUUCUAAUGGCCGCGACCAUUUCGUCUUCGGCUGGGGACGGCGCUUCUGCCAGGGCAGCUACAUUGCAGAAGCAUCUCUGUUCAUUGCACUGUCUCGCUUGGUCUGGGGCAUGGACUUCUACGCCCCGACGGAUCCUACGACAGGCAAGCCCAAAAUCCCUGACAUCGAUGACGAAGCCGGCACGUGGACCGAGGGUUUCGUGACCGGGCCCAAAAUGUAUGAUGUAGGAUUCAAACCGCGGACCGAUAAGCAUGCGCAGGUCAUGCGAAAAUACUUCGAGGAUGCGCAGCUGGAGUGGCAGAUGAUGGGCAUGCCUGGAGACGAGCGUUGA